AUGCUCGAUUUUGGGUAUUAUUAUUCUUCACCUGAUUUGUUGUAUGUUGGGAUUGCAAUUGAUGUGUGUGAAUUAGUCGUAAAUGGAAGAAGGAAGGAGGGAGAGAGAAAGAUAUGGGAAGGUCAGGGAAGAAGGAAGGUGGUGAGGAGAGAGAGUGAAGAAGGGGGGCUGCCAUGGAAAUCCUUGAGUUUAUUGCCUGAAGCAUCAGUAGGUCGGAAUUGUCUAAAUUUGAGGGUUUUGAAUUUUAGGUGUUCUUGUGUUGGGUUGCUUGAGGAGGCAGAGAUUGUGGAUUAUCUGGAUUGUUGGAAAAAUGGGUUCAGAAGGUCCUGCGCCGUCAACAGUAACAGACUAACAGUUCAUGUUAAGAAGUUUCAUGGAGUUGCUGAAAAUCCGACAGAGACAAUUGUGCGUAAUCUGAAAGAAUACAUGGAGAAGAAGGGUUUACCAAAAGGGCUGGCUUUAGGGAGCUGCAAUGUUCUUGAAACUGCAGGACUUGGGGCAGUUGCUCCUCUUCCUCAGACGCUGCCAUCUGCCAUUAAUAGGAAUGAUUCAGAAUUGCCAAAUUCUGGGACUGUUAUUUGGGUAUGCAGAGAUCGUAUAAUUCAGGAGGAGUUCAAUUCUCUAAGCCUUUCUAAGUUGCAGAAGUAUUUGACAGAUGAGGAAUACAGUCUCUCUCCCCGUCAGUUUUGCUCAGGUUUUCUUCUGGGAAAUAUGCUUUUUGUCCCUGCUACAAUAUGGCUCUUGGGUUUUAUAUCUUGUUGCGAGAUGUAGACCAAUUUGGUGCUAACUAUAACAGUUUUGCUGGCCGGCCAGUGAGAGAUAGAUGAAGAUAUAUCUCGACUAAAGACUAGUUGUCAGCUUACUAGCUGAUCUUGGCUGCAAUUGAUCAAUCUUGUUCGAGGAUCUCAUAAAUUAAAUCUCCCAGUUUGGGGCUGCAGAGCUACAUGCGGUCUCUUCCUUCAUAGGCGGGAUUGCGUCACAUGAAGUGAUAAAGUACUUUUCAGAUUGUCAGUUUCCAAGUUAUGACAAGGAGCAGAUUGACUAAGUAAGAACCGAAUGGGUGCGCCAUGUUGUUCAACAAUUGUAUAAUAGCUAGGUUAUGUUGAAGGAACAAAAAAAAUAAGACUCUAUUAAUUAAUGUAUUUUACGUAGUUUAAUGUUUAGAAUUUUAUUUUAGAUCUAUGUAAUCGGUUUUAUUAGGGUUACAAUUGCAAAAAUUCUUUUAAUUCAGGUUUGGAAAUUAAUUUUCAACUA